AUGACCAUUGAAAUAUCUAGUUUAGACAAAAUCCGAGAUUCACUUUAUGAAUUGUUAAACACCUACAUUUUGCCAUCAAAUCUGAUGAAGUAUCUUUUCCUCGCUAUAGUAAGAAGAGCUGAUAACAAUGUCAAAUGCGAAAUUCUUGAAAAAGCGGCCGAAUUUGAGCAUCGAAGUGUGAUUGGAUCGAAAGCAAUUAUCCAUAUUGAAGCUUUUGUGAUUAAUGCAAUGUAUAUUAUUGGACGUCAUAAAGAAGGACUCAAUCAGGAAAGUAUGGAUAUUGAUUAA